AUGAAAAUCUCACCCCUGCAUCUCAUUGAACUCCCUCCGAUGGAAUGUUCUCAAGAGGGAGUAGAAUGCAGGGUUCAAGUAGGUAACUGUUUAGAUGAGGGUUGGGUGGUGCCAAGGUAUGAUGCCCCAGGGUUUCCUAUUGUAACUGCGAAGGUAGCAGCCAAGAGGGAUGACAGUGGACAGUUUGCACCUGUUCUAUUUAUUACAUGGAGACAGUUACCUGACGGUAGUGUAUUCACCCUCAAAGGGACUGAAGUGCGUGUGGUUGAAAUGUCCACAAAUCACAGUGUUUGUGUUCGUUACAUUUUUUGUAACACACUGAGGACAAAAAAAACAGUACAGGGCAGGUGGACAUUUUCUUUGGACAGAAUUGUGGUCAUUCCCAACUUUAAAUACCAGGUUUUUGUAACCAAUUUACCAAAGUCAGACAAAGGGAACUGUCCAAUGAUAACCAACAUCACAGUUCCAGAGCGCAUUUGGGAUACGAAGGUAAAAUGGUCAGUGCCAAAAUAUAAAGAAAAUGGUGACUUGGUGAUAACCAUAGAAUUUGAACCAGAAGAGUUCUCUGACCAAUACAAAGUCUCCAUCUGCAGUCCUGACCUUCACCCAGAUGCGGUAUACUCCACACUGCCACCUGUUGAUAAUAAACCCCCAUUUCUGAGGGUUAAUUUCACGCUGGAAGCAUGGCGGAUAAAUCACUGUUUUUUGGAAUUGGUGGUGAGUUAAGCCUACGAUACACAGAGCAACUUUUUGAGCAA